UUUCGGCAAGGCAACAAACAUAUUUUACUUAAAAUCUUAUCUACCUUAUUAAAAAAAGUUACCGUUCUUGACUAUGGCGAAGUGGUUUUUCACUAUCUUCUUGGUUUUUGCCCUAGCCUCUGCUUUAGCUUGUAAUGCAAGAAAUGUCCCAGCUGGAGGCCUCACUGACCAGAAGAACUACCUCGGUUAUGGUGGCGGAUAUUCUGGCGUUGGAGACAAUGGUCUUCCGUUCAGUGGCGUUGGCGGAGGUGUGUCUGGUCCUGGAGGUAAUCUUGGUUUUGGAGGA